GGUCGGUUGCAGAAGUGUGCAGGGUCCGGUGAUAAACUGGGUGUCAAUUAGAGGAGAACUUUCACCGGUGAGCAGCUGCAGUCAGCACAAGAGUCGUGCCUUUUGCUUGCUGAGAGGAGAGACGAUGGAGUGGCGCCAGCAGACCAGUGUCAGCUGUGCAGACGCGUUCAACGAGGCUCAACGCUGGAUUGAGGAAGUGACCGGAAAAUCGUUUGGUUGCAACGACUUCCGUGCGGCCUUAGAGAAUGGAGUCCUGCUUUGCGACUUGAUCAACCAGUUGAAACCUGGCAUCAUUAAGAGAGUAAACAGGCUUUCUACUCCCAUCGCUGGCCUGGAUAAUGUGAAUGUAUUCCUGAAAGCCUGUGGGAAACUGGGACUGAACGUGUCUCAGCUGUUUCAUCCCGGAGACCUGCAGGACCUCUCCACUCGCGCAAAUCUCAGGCGAGAUGAAAGCAACAGAAGACUCAAAAAUGUUCUCAUCACAAUCUACUGGCUGGGUCGCAAGGCAAACCUAGAUGCUUUCUACAGUGGCCCUCAGCUGAACUUCAAAGCCUUUGAGGGGCUGUUAGGGUUGGCCUUGUCCAAGGCUCUAGAUGAGGGCAGUAAUGUGUUUGUGAAAGACGGCUGGUACCCAGAGAGGACAAGCUACAAGACGGAGAACUCUGCAGAUGGCACCGACUCUCUAGAGUCCCGAGUCCUCCGCCCAAACAGUGACGGUUGUGGAAGUGACGCGGAAGCUGAGCAGGUGUUCAAGAUGGAGAACACACAGCCCUCAACCCCGCAAAACAAAGGUUGUAUCCAGGCACCACUGCUCCGGAGAAAACAAGGAUGGGAGGCGAAUGGAAGGGGCUCCACAAGUCCGCUCUCCAGCAUUGAAGAUGCCCCUUUCUCUCCUCAACCCCACCUCACUGUGUGUCCUCCCGAGUGUGUCAUCGAUGAGGAGCUUUUCCUGAGAGCUCUGUGUGAGGAAGACUCAGAGGACGAUUACACUGACGCAGACCCUGUCCUAGAUGACUUGUAUUUCCGGCGUUUGCAGCAGACCCUUCAUCAGACAUCUAACAACCCCGACUAUGACCGCUUCUUACCCCGAUAUUGGACCCCUGAAGAGGAGACCCGUGUGCGUACGAUUUACCUCGGCUCCCAGAGAAGGCCCUGGUAUCGUAAAAUGCAAGGCUUAAGGAGCAAAUCACUCAGCGACAUCCCGAUGGUUUACCCUGUGCGUAAAGUUCCUGAUGGGAGCACCAUUUAUGAUGUGGACCAGGACGCUGGCAUGGCAGGAGAGUGGAAUCAAGAAGACAAACGCAAGUGUAGCGUUGCUGCCAAGGACAGUGAAGCUCAGUGGCACGAUGACUUGAAUAAGUGGAAGAAUCGUCGCAGGAGCACCAAGUCUGACCUCCGCAGAAAGUCCCAAGACAGAGACCAUGUCAUUAACCAGAUGUCCAAUGGGGCUGUGACUAAGAGUGAAUCACAAGGUGGACUGCUAAAGAGAGACCAGCAGUCACCACGCAGACAUAACCCUGCCCCUCGUCCUUACCCCACCUCUCCUCCAACAAAAUCAUCCAGCUCUGAUCUCCGGCCACAUACUCGGGCUCUGCUCGCCCGCAGCUACGCCACGGAGGUACCUUUCAGCCCCACGGCUCCACUGAGCUCCCACAGCUCACCUCACACCCAGGGAUCGUCAGUUGGAGCCAUGCCUGCCUCUGAUGGGAACAUCCUGGGAGAGGAGACCCACCUUGCCUCCUUGGCCUCAGAUGGAGCAGGAGUUACCACUCCUUCUCUGGACUGCCCCUUCAGCUCCCAGACUCAAGUCAAAGCACAGGGCAGCCCAGCUCCCUCCCAGCCAACAUCUGAACUGGCCAAGCCCGAAAAUGUUUUUACAAACCAAAUCUCCACCCUGACCACAACUUUAAAGCCAAAUGUGACCACGAAGUCAACCAACACCAGGGAUCCACCUGGAUCCAUGUGGAGUCACAAGGAGCUUCCAUCUUGCGCUGACGCUGUUAGUCCGCCAGGAGGUGAUCCUCAGGAGGACUUGUCCCACCAGAGCCACAAGUCUCAGGAAGAGAUCCAGAAGACAUCAUGGGAACCAGCUGUGGAACAAGGCAGAGGCCAGCAGGCUGCAGGCUCUUAUAAGUUCCUCUCCAGAGCUGGCUCGUGGUCCAGCUCAGCCAGCCUUCCUCGUGGUUACCGAAGGUCCGAGGGCUCAUCUCGUCUCUCCUCUGCAAUCACAGCCAGGCCCUUUGGGACCAAACAGUCCAGGGUGUCCUCACUGCCGAGACUGUGCAAUGUCGACAACAACCAGGGUGUGCUGCUGAAAGAUGAGAAAGAGGAAUCUCUCUCUCCAGCCACCAAAUCGUCCCUCAAGAGACAGACUGCGACCGCCCAUCUGGAGACUCCACAUCAGGCUUCACUCACACACAGGCAAGCUCACCAGGUGAAGCAGAAUGGCACAGAGCAGGGAGAGGAGGUGAAAGCUGCCACCCUCUCCAGCCAGAUCUCCUUCCAACCCAAUGGCUACCACCAUCAGCCCUACACCCAAACCCAGCUACUACCGCAGCCUUAUUCCAACCAGCAGACCCACUACAACAAAAGCUCAACUCUGCCAUCUGAGGCAAGCGUUGACCUCCUGAAGGUGGAUCACAGUGACAUGAGAGUGAGCCUGUCUCUAAAACCCAACAGCAGACCAGACUUUGGUUUCCAGACUCACUGGGACUCCACCGGGGCGAGAGUCAAGUACAUUCAACCUGGCAGUCCAGCGGAGCUUUGCCAGCUGUGUGUGGACGAUGAGAUUGUGGCUGUUAAUGGAGUUUCGGUGGCACACAUGAACUACAACCAGUGGAAGGAUAAAAUGACAUCUUCCCUGCAGACCGGCAGUCUGACCAUGGACAUUCGGCGCUAUGGCAACAAGGAUUGGAGCACCAGUGAGGGGAGUCAUCACAACCAGCAGGGCCAGAGCAGGGUGACCCUCAAUCUGACUACCGCAGCGCCCAUUCUGAUGGGCUGCCCUGAUCACCAAGCCAACAGUGGUGCCUCUACAGAAACCGCAGUCAGGACAGUGUCCAAAUUCAAUGGGCAGACAGACAAUGUUUUACAGGGCAAAGUCAUGCACGGAGAGCUCGGUGACAACCACAAGACAGCCAGGAGUAAAGAUUUUGAUAAUAUUAGUAGGAAAAAUCAGAAAAGGAGGGCUGAAUUUUUCAAAGAGAAAGGAGGCUCAGAAUCUGCAAUAUCUGAUCUCCAGGUGCCAUCCCUCAGCCCCUCCUCAUCCAGCUGGUCGUGGGACCGCGAGGAGGAUCGAAGGCGUCAGGAGAAGUGGCAGGAAGAGCAGGAGCGCCUCCUACAGGAGCAAUACAAGCGGGAUCAGGAGAGGCUUGAAUCAGAAUGGCGGAGGGCACAACAAGAAGUGAAGGGGGAGCUAUACAGGAAGUCAGGGCAGAACACAUUUGAGAUGACCAAUGGAGGUGAGAGACCUGCCAGCACCCAGCCACACGUGAAUGGGUUGACAAACAAAAGCAGAGAAGAAGAGCGGAGCCCCGACAGAGAUGAGCUGAAAGUGACGGGAUCAAAACCUCAAAGUAAAGCACAAGGAGAGCAGCAUGACAAGAUUACCGAGCACGCCUGGGCUGAAGACUCCUGUGGCUUUGCUCAGCUGUCUCCUGCACACAGGGCAAAGUCCUUAUCUACCCCAGCAUUAGCUGGCCCCCACCAACAGGCACGAGGUGAUGAGAAAAAAAGACUAGGACAGUCCGCAUCUAAGGCUGAGAUAGACAGGCAGCAGAUUCUGGAGGAGAUGAAGAAAAGGACUCAGCUUCUGACCGACAACAGCUGGAUACGUCAGCGCAGCAGCAGCUUUUACAAAGAACCGAUCUAUGUUGGGGUUCCCAUGAAAAGGUAUGAGUCUCUGGACAACCUGGACAUUGUGCGUCAGUCCCCGCUCUCGGCCGCUACGUUCAGCUACCCUCGUCCACACUCAGCUGCGGCAGGUUACUGCGCUCCGAGUAGGAACGCCUCUUCCCGCUACAGCACUGGAGCACUGUUAUCCCAGAGAAAUACAUUUGACUCCUCUCAUCCUGGCAGUGUGUGGGCUGCCACCGACAUCUCGGAGGAACUGAGACCGGAGUCCAGGUUCGAAUCCGAAAUGGGAGGCCCCACUGUGAGCCCUGCUAUUUCAGACUCAAGUUCCCUGGUGCCCCCUCCAUGUGACCAGCAUGCCGUGCUCCAGAUCAUAGAGUGAGCAGCCGAAUCAUCGGGAACUUCUUUUGGAAAAAACUACGAAAACAGUGGAAACAUCAGCCACACAGCCGAGGCAUGACUUUUUUCUCCUGCAGCAAUGGCUGAUACAGCUGUUCACUCUGUUGGGAUAAAAGGUCUUUUGUGGAUAUACAAGCAAAGUAGACUUAAAGGCUGUUUUUUAAUCAAAUAUAAUUCAUGUGGUACUUGUCUUUCUGAAGAAAAUGUAGAUUUAAUAUAUGAAAUAAAGUGAUUAUGGGAAUUAUAGUGUUUGAUUAAUGCUUUUAUUCUGAUGUUAGUGUUGCCUUUUGUCAUAUAUCUGUGUUGUAUUUGAUAUUUGUCCAAUAGCACAUUAAAGAUAUCCAAUUUUUCUCGUUGAUGUAACUGAUGAAAGGAGACACAUUUUAACUUGUACUGAUGCACUUUCUGAUCUGUUGUAAUCUCACCAGGUGCACUAUGGGAUAAAUCACUGGUACAUGUAACGUAUGUAUUUCUUGCGUGAAAGUGGGGAUCUUAACUGGAAUGUUUUUGUAAAUAAAGUGCACUGA